AUGCAUACAUAUUUCGAAGAACUUCCAAAUGAAUUAAUUCUUCAUAUAUUUAGUACUUAUUUCGAUGGUGUACAAUUAUACAAAAGUUUUUUUGGACUUAAUUCUCGUUAUGAUCAUUUAAUAAAAUCAAUAAAUAAUAUUCAUCUUCGUCUUGAAUAUCAAGAUGAUGACAAAAGUCUUUAUUUAUUUUCUACAAAAGUAAUUAGUGUUUAUAUUGGUCAAAAACAUCGAAGUAUUAAUUUUAUCCCAUUACUUAUCAAUGUACGAUCAGUAACAUUAGUUGAUCCAACAAUAAUACAAAUAAUUAAUUUAUUAGAUAUAGGUAAAAAUCUUGAACAUGCAUCAAUAAUAUGGUCAAAUCCUUAUUUAAUAAAUUCAAUGAGUGCUCGAUCAUUUUAUGAAUUAAUAUUUAGUGCAAGUUCAUGUGAAAGCCUUCGUUCAUGUAGACUUUAUUUACCUAAAAGUCAUUCCUUAUAUUUAGAACCAAAACAUUGUACAUUACUAUUAUUAUGUUCUAUUUACGUUCAAUUAUCAAUUCCUUCAGUUGAUUUUCGUCGUAUAAUACGUUUAUGUCCGAAUUUAAUUCGACUUGAAAUUGAAAUUAUUGAUGAUACUGACAGUAAUGAAGAAAAAAUUAUUGUUUUAAGUCACUAUCAACAUGUAAAUAUUCGACGAUUUCAUAUAUAUAAUUUAUUAUCACUUGAUAUAUUCGAUAUAUUAAUGGGAUAUAUACCAAAUAUAGAAAACAUAUAUAUAUCAAUGAAAUUUCCAUCACAUCCAAUUGAUGUAUUUGAACAAUUAUCAAGUAUAAUUAAUCGAAUUGAACAUUUAAAAGAAUUUCAUUUUCAUUUUACAACUGAUUUUUGGAAUUUAGGUCAACAUCAAUUAGAAACAAUUAAACAAAUGAAUCCUUUUUUUUCGAAUAUUUUAAUCCAGAAUGACGAUGAUGAAAUCAUUUUUAUUAGUUAA